AUGGAGGAAAUACCUGGUUCCCAGGAAUGCGAGGAGAAUUUUGAGAAAGUUCCCUCUGAGCAACCAGAGGAAAAGAAACACAGUCGUGUAGGCGGCAUUCUGGACACGAUCCGAAGGGUAUCAGAUGCCAUCGUGAACAACCCGUUUGAGCCCCUGGAGGCUCGAGGUGAAGACGUCGAAAUCGACCUGAUGGUCACAGAGCAAGCGUUUUACGAAGCUCCAGAGGUGCCCGAACAAACGGCAGACGAAGCUUCGCAGACGUCCCCUGUUGCAAAAUUUUUUCAUGAAUUGAAAGAUCGCGUCCUUACACUUCCGAUGGAGCCGUUUGAACCCAGGGGUGAGGACCCAGAAAUUGACCUGAUGAGCACGGAACAGGCGUUUUACGUCUAUGACGCUUCAGGCGACAGCGUGAAACCGCAGACUCGAGCGGAGGACGGCACGGAGAAAUCAGAAAAGAGCCAAGAGUCUUCGGAAACUCGCAGAUCCAGGUCAUACUCCACUUGA